AUGCGUACCCCGGAUCUGCUCUCCCGUCUUCAAGAAGACUCUGAAAAUGACUCUCCUAUGUUGGAAACGCGCAAGGUUGGGGUUGGAGUGGAUGCGCAACAUAGUCUACUUCGCCGGCCCCCAGUGGUCGAGAAGCAUAUUAGACCAGGGUCUGCAAGGCUAGGGAGCAAACCUGUCGGAAAGGAAGGCACACCGCUAGAGUCCACGCCAUCAUCGUCUUUGGGGGCAACACCAGCUUCCUCCACGGGAAGGCUAACCACACGCUUAACAACCAAGUCAGACUUUUCCGAUUCCAAUUCCAAAUUGAGAUCGUCCACCCCACGUCUGAUUUCCGAGACGAAAUCAGUUUCGAAAUCCAAGUCGCAAUCUCUGACCAAAAUUGGACGACGAAAGUCGGCCCCCAAGUCAGCACGUACAGGGAGUGCUGGUAGAAGAGCAGAUAGUGCCAUUGCCAUCAGUAGCAGAGGAGCUGGAACCCGACCAGGAUCAGGCCUCUCCGUUGGCAAAGGGAGUGGGCGGCCCGGAAGUGCCAUGCGCUUAUCUGCAAGAGGUGCCACUACAACACCGGGGACACUACCACUCUUGCCGGGGAAGUCGAAGGGGAAGAAACAGACGGAGAUCGUGACAAAGCCAUUAACUCAAAAGGAGCGAGGACUGUUGGAUGCCUGUGAGGGUGACGAUCUAGAUGCGGUUUACAAAAGCUUAUGGCAGAAUCCAGACAUCAACUGCCGCAAGCCCGUAUUUGGGUCAAGUCCGCUCGCCGUCGCCUGUCGAAAGGGUAACCGUCAUGUUGCCUCCAUUCUCUUGUCAUUUGGAGCAGACCUUAACAUAUCAGACGAGUAUGGUGUGACCCCCCUGCACUGGGCUGCAAACUCUGGUGAUGCAUCACUCGUUACUCUUCUUCUCCGCAAAGCUGUUUCAACCGGAACUUUAGCUUCCACGUUAGCUGCAACGUCUCCUAUCCAAGCUCCAUCGGGAGAUGCACCGGGUCUUCUCAGUCGUAAGGAUUUGUUUGGAUCCACAGCGCUACAUUUUGCUAGCGUCAAUAAUCUUACGGGAGUUGCAAGAGCUUUGGUGGCAGCGGGCUGUGAUCCAACGGCGACAAAUAAUGAUGGACGCAGGGCCAGCGAGCUGACAUCGGACGAGGAACUGCGACUGUAUCUACAAGACGAAGAGCAUCGUAUUCAAAAGAUGCAAUCCGCUGCUCUACGUGCCGCACGUCGAGCAGCAGCUGCGUCCGCGACCUCUGGCGGGUCACCACGCAGACCGGGUACUCGGCCAGGAACUUCCAAAUCCAUCUCUCGGCCCACAACAGCACAGUCCACUCCCAAUCUUUCGAAAUCUAACACUAAGAAAUCUACCGGCCGCUCCUCCUCUACAUUAGUGAAGACCGCUAGCCGACCCAGCCGACCCACUACGGCCCUGCCCCGUUCCACGAGCGUAAAAAGCGGUCUAUCGACAAGUAAAAGCAAAGACAAAUCCAGGGAGUCCAUCCCCGCUGAAGAUGUUCUUACUGCCGAAGAAGUGGUUGUUGUUUCAACAACGCCUGUAGCGCCCGAACCCGCGCAACAGCCGGUCGCUGAAAUGGAAAAUGAAGAAUCUGUAGUCGUGAUGAAGCAGACUAGUGGUCCGCGAGGGUUCAUGUCGGCGGUACAAUCGGGAACAAAGGGCGUUGGCGUGGGAAUGAGUGCUUAAAAUGGGGCGGCGACGCCAAUGGUAUAUUUAUUCAGACUUGUGAAUAUCUUCUUUUUUUUCAAUAUAAUUGCA